AUGAACCAACCUUAACUGUCGCUGGUCGAUGUCAUCAUCUUCCGGCGCCUUGCCAUGCUGUGAGUGGAAAAGUUCAUUUGGAUGUGUUUUUAGUUGCCAAAAAGAAAUUCAAGAAAAAAGUAACAGAAAAUGAGGGAAACGCCGCUGUCAAACUGUGAGAGACAGUUCUUAGUACAAGCUAUAGCCGAGAAAAAGCGCCUUGACGGAAGACAGACGUUUGACUACAGGAAUGUCAAGAUUACAUUUGGUACAGAUUAUGGUUGCUGUAUUGUUGAUCUUGGGAAAACAAGGGUCUUGGCACAAAUUUCAUGUGAGCUUGUAGCCCCUAAAAUGAAUCGGCCUACGGAAGGAAUUCUCUUUUUUAACUUAGAACUUUCACAGAUGGCUUCACCAGCAUUUGAACCUGGCAGGCAGUCAGAGUUGGUAGUAAAGUUAAAUCGACUACUGGAAAGAUGUCUACGAAAUUCAAAGUGCAUAGACACUGAGUCACUGUGUGUUGUUUCUGGUGAAAAGGUGUGGCAAAUUCGUGUUGACUUGCAUUUGUUAAAUCAUGAUGGCAACAUCAUGGAUGCUGCAAGUAUAGCUGCAAUAACUGCACUGUGCCACUUCAGGCGUCCAGAUGUGUCUAUCCAAGGGGAAGAUGUCACUGUGUAUACACCAGAAGAGCGGGAUCCAAUCCCAUUAAGCAUUCAUCACAUGCCUAUCUGUGUCAGCUUUUCUUUCUUUCAGCAAGGGACAUAUCUGUUGGUGGAUCCGAGUGAGCGUGAGGAGAGGGUGAUGGAUGGGCUGUUGGUGAUUGCAAUGAACAAGCACAGGGAGAUUUGCACCAUUCAGUCCAGUGGAGGGAUAAUGCUACUGAAAGACCAAGUUCUGAGGUGUAGCAAGAUUGCCAGUGUGAAAGUUACAGAGAUUUCGGAGCUGAUCCAGAAAGCUCUGGAAAAUGACAAGAAAGUCAGGAAAGAAGGAGGAAAGUUUGGUUUUGCAGAGUCCAUGCCAAACCAGCGGAUCACAGCCUAUAAAAUGGAAGUGGCACCAGUUGAUACAGGUGACAUUGGAAAGAAAACAGAAGAUCUUAUCUACAACUCUGAACCACCAUCAGAAUUCAUUCCCUCACCAGUGGUGUGUGCUCCGGGAACAGGCCAGAUAGGGGAGGGGCUGCAGAAUUCCUGGGGGUUAGAGGAGAAUGAAGAUGGUGAAGAAGCUGAAGCUGAAGACCAAGCCAUGGAAGAAGAGCUCCAAACAAUGGACGUAAAGGUCAAAAGUGUUAAAAAAGAAGACCCAAUCACCCUCUCUGACAGUGAAGAGGAAGAUGUUGUCAUACUAGAACCAAAGACAAUGAAAAAAAAAGUAAAUGUGCAAGCCAGCAGCACAGCAGCUUCAAAGAAAAAGAAAAAGAAACCAGUACAUUAAGCAACUAUCUUCAAUUCUUCCAGGCUGUAUAAUCUUAAAAUGCAGUGCUUUGCAUUGAUUUGUAUGCACUGACACUUCCUGCAGUCCUUUCAAUAGCAGACUUAAUUUGUGUCAUGCUUUAAGUGACGGGUCAUCAUUGAACAGUGAGUCACAGUGGUAGAAGGACAAACCAGUACUGUACUAAGCAGUGCAUGUAUUGUCCUUUACUAGUUACAGCUAGCGAAAUAGAAACACCUACUUUAACGCUGUCUACACAAUCUUAACAGCGGAGACCAUUUGAGGUCUUGGCACCUAACAAGUUAAGCAUCUACUGUCCGACCUCUAUCAACAAAAACUAAAUUGCAGCUUUAGUAUAUAUUAAAUUAGAUUUCAUUCAUGUCAUUAGCAUAAAAAUGUGUCGUAUGAAAUAUGGUUCAUUUUCACAUCAGUGUGUAGAACAUGUUUCUAUAUUAAAUAAAUAAAUAAAUUCC